AUGGGGCUGCGCAUUGAGCUGGCGCCUCGCUCCUUCGAUGACCUGGAGCGAGCUGAGGCCAAGAGGUUGACACUGACCCUUGUCCCAACAUCUGGCAAGAAGCUACAUCUAGUGUUGCACCAAGAUGCUUCCGUGGGCAUUGCCGGAGUCAUGUAUGACUGCGCUGCCUUGCUGGCAAGACGGCUUUGCGAGGAGCCAUCCCUUCUGGGAUCCAAGGUCGUGGAGCUGGGCUGUGGCACGGGCUGCGCUGGACUGACUGCAGCGGCAUUGGGAGCAAAGGUUGUCCUGACAGAUCGGAGCGAGCGCGCCUUGCGCGUGGUGCAGCAGUCGGCCAAGGAGACUGGGCUAGAAGUUCGUACGAGUCGUUGGGAGUGGCAUGAGCAACUGCCGGCAGAAUGUCGUGGAGCUUCCACCGUGUUAGCAACCGACGUGGUGUACAGUGAGGACACCUCGGCGCUGCUGUCUGCACUGAAAGCGGUCACGGUACCUGGCACAGUGGUACUGCUGGUGGUUAGAGUCAGAAGCUUGGCAGCUUUGGCUGGAUUGCGGUCCCUGCUGCAGGAUGCCAGCCGCGUCUUCAAGGAGUGUGCCCCAGCACAGCUGGAACCUGCGGCACGUGCUUGCCUGCAAAGGUCUGGAAAGGCUCCCUCGCCGAAAUUUUGCCAGCGGGUUGAUAUGGACAGUUCCGUGGGCUUCUAA